AUUCUAGGAGGUUAAACCCACUGAGCGUGUGUCUAGUUUCAAAUUAAAUUACCCUUUUCUUAAAAACAAUUUAAUUUUUCCAAGUACUCAUUUAAUACGCCUGAACGAGAAAUAAGGAUAUUUUGUGUGUGCCGUAUUAAGAAUAAACCAAUUGUGAUUUUCAGAACUAAAGUGUGAUUUGUAUUUUAAAUAAUUUACCAAGAAUAAACAAAAUGAAACCAUUUCUAAUUGUGUGUGCCUUGUUGGUUGCAACAUGCUCGGCAUCGUAUCAUGGCGCCGUAUCAACACAAUAUGCCCAUUUAGAUCCUCAUAGCCAUAGCUAUUCGUAUGGUUAUGCAGAUCCCAAUUCACAGAAACAUGAAACUCGCUCGCAUGAUGGCGUCACGCAUGGCAGUUAUUCGUACAUUGACGGACAUGGCCUUAAACAAACUGUUUCGUAUACCGCCGAUCCUCAUCAUGGUUUCCAUGCUGUUGGUACCAAUUUGCCAAAGGCCCCCUCCCCCAUUUCACCCGUUCUAGGUCAUGCUGUAGCCGCUUAUGAUGGUGGUCAUGGAGGUUAUGCUGCCGGUCAUGCUUAUCACGGACCCCAAGCCCAUAUUACUUUGACCCAUGAAGGUGUGCCUCAUGAUACUCCCGAAGUGGCCCAUGCUAAGGCUGCACAUGCUGCUGCUCAUGCUGCCGCCGCUGCUGCUUCCUACGAUCAUGGUGGUCAUCAUUUGUACAAACGUUCUUUGUGGGGUCAUGGUGCCUAUGCCCAUCAAGCUGUUGCUCCUAUUGUCUUGACCCAUGGUGGUGUGCCAGUAGAUACGCCCGAAGUACAACAUGCCAAAGCUGAACAUUAUGCCGCCCAUGCCAAGGCUUUAGGAGCUGCCGCUCAUGGCCAUGGCGCCCCCUUGGAUACACCCGAAGUUGCUCAUGCUAAAGCUGCCCACUUUGCCGCCCAUGCUGCUGCCAGUCAUGGUGCUCCUUCUCAUGCUAUUGCUGCUCAUGGCUAUCAUGUACCUGUCAUUCACAAUGGUGUUCCCGUAGAAACUCCCGAGGUACAACAUGCUAAGGCUGCCCACUAUGCCGCCCUUGCUCAAGCUUCCGCCUCUGCUGGUCAUUCUGGUGGCGAUGAUGGCAGCUGGGCUGGUGAUCAUGGCAGCUAUGGUGGUGGACACGGUGGUGCCCCCAGCCAUUAUGCCACUGCUGCCCAUCACGGCCACUAUGGUCCCUAUCAUGGACCCCUGCAUAUUCCAGUCAUUCACAACGGUGUGCCAGUAGAACCCGCUGAGGUCCAACAUGCCCGUGCUGCUCAUUUAUCUGCCUUGGCCGCUGAAAGCCAUAAAUCAGCUGGUCAUGGUGGUUACUACGGCGGUGGUAAAUGGUAAUUCUGAAUGGUAAAUUCAAAAUUUUGUUUAAUAACUUUCGGAAGAGGUGAUACAACACAUACACUUAAAGCAAACGGAACUGAUUUAACAACAUGAAGUUAAAACGAAAAUGGAUAUUGUUAAUAUUAUAUAAAAGAAAAAAAUAAUAAUAAUUUUAAAUGUUUAAGUUGAAAAACAUUGAAGAGUAAUACAUACAACUUUCUACUUUUAACUCAACGAACCUUACUUUCCUAACUAUCCAAUUUCCAGCUGUCCAAUUUCCUCUAUGUCUCCAGAAACUUUACACGCGCUCUUUAUACAUUUCUAUUAUUACAGGAGAUGAUCUAAAGGAUUUUGCCUGUAAUAAUUAUUUCAACUGUUUUUCUCUAAGUAAACUAUUUUUAACUCUAUAAUCUAACUAAAAGAAACUCUAUAAACUUUAUAAUCUCACUUAGAAAACUUUUAGCUCUCUUUUAACUGUUAUACAACUUAUCACUGCCCUUAGUCUUUAAUUACUUAAUUUCUACAUGACUUUCUCUGACUCUAUCUCUCUAAGUUUCUUUCUUCAUAACAGAGUUUCUUUAUUACUCUCUAAGUAUAUUUCCUUUCAAACGAGAUUCUGGUAUUUUUAUUUACUUUAAAGUGUCCUUAAAAUAACUUUUUCUAUCUUCUACUUCAAAUACCUUUACAACUGUAAUCUUUUUCUUCUCUUUCCUCGAUCUCUUUAGAUCUUAUUACUCUUUCUAAGUCUUUUAACUUCUAACUCAAUGACCACCAUCCUCCUAGGCACACACACACCCACUCUCUUUCUCAAUUUUUUUUACUAACUAACUUGAUUUAUGUAGCCAACGAUUUUGCCAAUGCCCUGAAUUUGAUUUUAUCUCUUUUUAACUCAUUUAUUACUAUUAUACUAAAUGUUAUUUAACGUCAUCUGGGGGACCUAUCUGCUCUCCCGAAGACAACAAUUGUUUAAGCUAAAUAAUGAAUUUAUUUCAAUAUUUCUAUUUUACAUAUUUCUCUCUCUGUGAAUAAUUUUAAAGCAUAUUAAUUAUUUAAAAUAGAUGUUGUAAAUACUAUUGUAAAAUAUAUAUAAAAAAUCAAAAAAAAAAACGAAUUAUAAAUAUGAAUAUUGUUAUCUUAAUUGAAACAUAUUGAAAAACUGCAUGCAAAGACAAAUAAACUGAUACAAAAAGUAUUUAAAAAAAA